AAUCCUCUCUUUUUGGUUGCCCGCUUUUUGUUUGGGACUCGGAAUGAUGAAUGGGUUGAAUAAGUGUGACUGCUUUGAGGGCGCCCUUUCUUAUAUCAGAAUCAACCAGUUCUUCUUUUCUUUCUUACGUCGAAGCGGUCGUUUCUGCAUAUAUAGUCUUACCCAAAAAUGUCUUCAUUAGCCGAUGAACUUGCUGCUGAUCUUGAUUUUUCCGACGAGGAAAACAACUCAGACUACAAUGAACAAGAUACCAACGAGACCAUGGAAACGGAUGAAGCGGAUGUUACCGCAAGGCGAACAUCCGAUAGUAAUACAACGGAAGAUCCGGACGAUGUACGAAAAAUCUCCAACUUUUUAUACAGUAAUCGAUUGCAAGAUGUCCUCAAGCAAAUCGAUCACUUCGAAGCUCAAAAGCGCAGCGCACACGAUGUCAAAGGUCCAACUGAAGAAGACGAUGAAUACAAGCUGAGUGUUCAAGCCAACGCUUUAACGGCAGACAUUGAUAAUGAAAUGCAAGCAGUACACAAGUUCAUUCGGGACAGUUAUGCUCCAAAAUUCCCAGAAUUGGAAUCUUUGGUACUGAAUCCGUUAGAUUACGCACGCACGGUGAAAGCCAUCGGCAAUGAAACUGAUCUUACGAAAAUCGACUUGCGAUCCAUUCUUCCUUCAGCGACGGUCAUGGUCAUCACAGUAACAGGCACUACCACGAGUGGACGUCCGUUAACGGCUGUCGAGUGGAAGCGAACCGAUGCCGCAUGUGACAUGAUUUUCGAACUGGAUGCUGCGCGAAAGAAAAUUAUGACGUACGUUGAAUCGCGCAUGGCCCUGGUGGCGCCCAACUUGUCCAAUAUUAUCGGCAGUUCGACUGCGGCCAAGUUGCUGACAGCGGCAGGAGGUUUGACGGCGUUUUGCAAGAUUCCAGCAUGCAAUGUCAUGUUGUUGGGAAAAGUUGGCAAGGCAAGCACUGGAUUUUCCAGUGCUAGUAUGGAGAAGCAUACUGGCUAUAUUUAUUAUUCGGAUUUGGUCUAUUCUGUGCCCGCCGAUUUAAGAAGGAGAGUGGCCAAGAUCAUCGCCAACAAGUGUGCCCUGGCGGCUCGUAUUGAUUCUUUACACACAUCUCCAGAUGGUCAAAAGGGUCGAGAGAUGCGCGAAGCUAUUGAUCAAACGAUUGAAAAACUUCAAGAACCACCACCAUCAAAGAAUGUCAAAGCAUUACCGGUACCUGAUGAAGGUCCCAAGAAGAGAAGAGGCGGUCGACGUGUACGACGAAUGAAGGAGGCGUAUGCGAUGACAGAAUUGCGUGCGGCUCGUAACCGAAUGGCAUUUGGUGAAGCGGAAGAAGAAGUGGAAUACGGUGAUGAAACAGAAGGUCUUGGUAUGGCCGCAAAACAAAUUGGCAAAAUUCGUGCCUCUGUGGCCGACGCAAGGAACAAAGUCAAAGCACCCAAACUCAAAUCUUAUCAUACAUCUGGCACAGCAACAUCUGGCUUGGCCUCAUCAUUAUCAUUCAGUACAAUUCAAGGGAUCGAAUUGCGAGAUCCUACAGCAGCUACAGACAGAGUCAACAAGGCAAACGAAAAAUAUUUUGGUGACGGCGCAUUUUCUAUUUUACCCAAAAAAUAGAAGCAUUGCCUAAAUCUCUAAAUCUUCCGCCAUGGAUUCGUCGAUGCGUUUCAGUUUCAGAAAUACAUCACAACCGUAACCAUUCAUGGAAACAAGUGUUAAAGAACCACCAAAGUAGCGUGCAUACAUACGUGCGAGUGGCAAUCCAAAGCUAUAGAAUAUAUAACCUCCAUCAAUGAUCUCUCCACGGUAAAUAAAACAAGAGAUGUCCCAUAUAACUCACCCUAAACCGGCCAAU